CCGCGCUAGCUAGCCUAGAAUAAUUAGAGAAUAGAGGCGACGCCGGUGCUUUAAUUCCAGGGCAUGCUAAUGGGUGCUAUUAGGGGAUGGUCAGCUGUGAGCCUUGUACUGGCGAUGGUCCUUUUGGCCUCGCCGCGUGGAACGAAGGCAAUAACGUGCCCUCAGGUGUACGGGGAUCUGAACCCAUGCAUCCAGUACCUGCGCUCCGGCGGCGCCGUGGCCCCGCAGUGCUGCAGCGGGGUGCGGUCGUUGCUGGCGGCGGCUCGCACGGUGACCGACCGCCGCACCGCCUGCAGAUGCAUCAAGACUGCAGCUGCUGGCCUCUCCGGCCUGGACAUCGGCCGAGCCAGGGCACUCCCGGGCAAGUGUGGUGUUUCCAUCCCUUAUAAGAUCAGCGCCUCCACCGAUUGCUCUAAGAUUAAUUGAAGGGAUACUGCAGUGAGUUAAUUGAACGUGGGAGCUAGCAUAUAUAUAUAUAUACACACAUACAUACAUAUAUAUUAUAGAUAAUAAAGUGGUUAUUUCGUGGGAGUCAUUCUCUUACUACUGAGAGUGAUCCUUGUUUGGAGUGGUUACAUAUAGGGCACUGGGUCAUACAACCUUGGUGUGAUUGUGGUCAGGAUCGUUAUGUUAUCUAUGAUGAUGGUACUUUCAUUACUAUAGAUGAUGUAGUAUAUAAAUAAGCCUCUCUUUCGUUUA